CCCGCUCGCCAGUACAUUGCGGCGCGCAGAGCUCGGCGGCUCCUGCCAGGGAUUUUCCACUCUUGCGUCGCCCACUGCUGGACAUGCCUUUGUGUUUACAUCACUCCCUGCUGCACGCUCAGCGCUCGCACUCACGUACACUCUCACAGAGACUGGGGACGCUUGUGCAAUCUUCCAUCAGGAGGAACUUCCUGGGCUCGGCUCUGGCUGCAGGACAAGAGAGGAUCCGCGCUUCUGCCCAGAGAUGUCGGUGUAGAUUAUGACCUCGAGUAAGAAUCCAAGAUUCAGUCCUUUUUCAGCUGGUGCCACGAACACACCACCAGAAAACACCGCCGGGACCAGAAUGGAAACCACGUUUGGUCCAGCCUUUACACCGGUGACCACCAUUACUAAAGCGGAUGGUGCAAACACUUUCAAGCAGCACCGCCGGACGCCCUCCUCUUCCAGCACCUUAGCCUUCUCACCUCGAGAUGAUGAUGAUGUCAUGCCUCCGAUUAGCACCUCGCGGCGCUCGGACUCCGCCAUAUCUGUCCGCUCCUUGCACUCCGAGUCCAACAUGCCCUUGCGCUCCACCUUCUCACUCCACGAAGAAGAGGAUGAGCCGGACCCCCUGGUAUUCGCGGAGCAGCCCUCGGUGAAGCUUUGCUGCCAGCUGUGCUGCAGUGUAUUUAAAGACCCUGUUAUUACCACGUGCGGGCAUACGUUCUGCAGGAGGUGCGCCUUAACAUCUGAGAAGUGCCCGGUGGACAAUGCCAAACUAACGGUGGUGGUGAAUAACAUCGCCGUCGCGGAGCAGAUAGGGGAGCUUUUUAUCCAUUGUAAAUACGGCUGCCGGCCCUGCGCCAACGGGAAGCCAACGACAUACGAGGUGGACCCCCAUGGCUGCCCCUUCACCAUUAAACUAAGUGCCAGAAAGGACCAUGAAGGCAGUUGCGAUUAUCGGCCGGUGCGUUGUCCUAAUAAUCCGAACUGCCCCCCACUGCUGAAAAUGAACCUGGAGGCCCACCUGAAGGAGUGUGAACACAUCAAGUGCCCUCAUUCAAAGUAUGGGUGCACGUUCAUUGGGAACCAGGACACCUACGAAACACACCUAGAGACUUGUAAAUUUGAGGGUCUCAAGGAAUUCCUCCAGCAGACAGAUGACCGAUUCCACGAAAUGCAAGUGGCCAUGACACAGAAAGACCAGGAGAUCGCCUUCCUCCGCUCCAUGCUUGGAAAACUCUCAGAGAAGAUCGACCAGCUGGAGAAGAACCUAGAUCUUAAGUUUGAUGUCUUGGACGAGAACCAAAGCAAGCUGAGCGAAGACUUGAUGGAGUUCCGUAGAGAUGCCUCAAUGCUGAAUGAUGAACUUUCCCACAUCAACGCUCGGCUGAACAUGGGAAUACUUGGCUCCUACGACCCCCAGCAGAUAUUUAAGUGUAAGGGCACUUUUGUGGGGCACCAAGGCCCAGUGUGGUGUUUAUGCGUCUACUCCAUAGGAGAUCUGCUGUUUAGUGGCUCCUCUGACAAAACCAUAAAGGUGUGGGACACCUGUACAACGUACAAAUGCCAAAAGACGCUGGAGGGGCAUGACGGCAUCGUACUGGCCCUUUGUAUUCAAGGAAGCAAGCUCUACAGCGGCUCAGCGGACUGCACUAUAAUUGUGUGGGACAUCCCAACUCUCAUGAAAGUGAACACUAUCCGAGCGCAUGACAACCCAGUGUGCACUCUAGUGUCCUCACACAACAUGCUCUUCAGCGGCUCCCUGAAAGCCAUCAAGGUUUGGGACAUAGUGGGUACAGAUUUAAAGCUGAAGAAGGAGCUGACCGGUCUUAACCACUGGGUCCGUGCACUGGUGGCCUCACAGAACUACUUGUACAGCGGAUCCUACCAGACCAUAAAGAUAUGGGACAUCCGGAGCCUGGAGUGUGUCCACGUCCUGCAGACGUCGGGUGGAAGCGUUUACUCCAUUGCCGUCACCAACCACCACAUCGUGUGCGGGACAUAUGAAAAUCUCAUCCACGUCUGGGACAUCGAGUCCAAGGAACAAGUUCGUACAUUAACCGGACACGUUGGGACAGUGUACGCUUUGGCCGUCAUCUCCACCCCUGACCAAACUAAGGUUUUCAGUGCCUCGUAUGACAGAUCUUUACGGGUCUGGAGUAUGGAUAACAUGAUUUGCACACAGACAUUGCUGAGACAUCAGGGCAGUGUGACCGCAUUGGCCGUAUCCAGGGGACGCCUGUUUUCCGGUGCCGUAGACAGUACAGUAAAGGUCUGGACCUGCUAAUUGUGACCAAACUCCUCCAGUUAUAGCCUCUGCCCAAACCGCUGCCAAGUCUUCUGUGCCAGCCUUCCACAUAUGAUGCCACGGACACGUCACUUUUGAUAACAGAACUUUUUUGGGACCUUGUCCUCCUCCUGCUGGAACGUUUUCUCCCAGUUCUGAGCUCUGACACCACAGCGAUAUUGGAACUAAAUGGAACAGCGGACAGGAAAAAGCCAGUUCACCCUAGCUGUGCCCGCUGUGCCCUCUAUGCUGGGCAGGAAAUUAUAGUGAUAAAGGUGACUGUGGGAUCAGGAAUGGAUAGUCAAUAUUUAUUACGAGCCGGACAAGGGUUAAAAGUCAUUGUCUUAUUGCAUCAUGGGUUGCUCCAAAGUAGUGGCCGCCUGAGCUAUGAAGUUGUUUCUCUUGUGUAGGCUUACAUUAGCUUGACACAUUCCACCCCGAUCUGCCCGGGCAUUGUGCCCAGUGCGAUAAUGUGAUAAAAUGCUGCCGGGUCCGCACAUGGCAACUGCCGGCGACAGGACACAGGCCUUUUUCAGAGGAUCAUAUACAUUGUUAUAUACAGUCUCCACAAAAAAUGUUACUUCCAGACUAGUCGAGUUAUGAUAGAUCAUGCCACUAGGUGGCACCAUUCUCACGGCCGCACCUUGUCUUUAUCCCUGUCCACCGCUGGAGGGCAUAAGUGCUUGCGUCCUACUUCCCGUCCUGCUGUAGGUAUAUACUGUGGUGUAUUCUACACUACAAGGCGGGGAAGUAUGGCACAAGAGUCUCUGCCAUGCUGAGAAGAGGGGCAUCGUGACGAGCUGUAGACAUCAUUAAGAAGGGGAGCGGUACCAUAUAUAGUGGGAGGAGCACCCCAAUAUUCUUGGCAUAACAGAAAAGUCAGUUUGUGACUUUUAUUUCAGGGGGUAACGGGCAAAUGGCAAAUCCUCCCAUUACUAAAUGCAAAUGUGUGGAGUAGCCAAGAUCUACUUGGAUUGGCACAGUUGCCUUCGCCUUUAAGGAAUGUAAUCCGCACCCCCCUCAAUACUGUAAUAACCCACGUACGCCUUGGGUCCCUACACCUGGGCUGGGCGCUUAUCGCUGCUGUGACCCCCAGUCUGGUUGUCCCAUAACCACCAAAGAAUGUGACCCAUGAUCAGACCCCACUGUCUCGCUCACUAUGGACCUGAGGAGCUCGAUGAUAACAUGGAGCUAUAGGAAGGUAUUUAAUGUACAGGUUUGACUAUCUAGCUCUUGUAGAAAUAGCUGGCGGCAUUGCUGGGCCUUGUAGUACCUGUGGUCUGUACCAUUGUAAGGGGUGGGAGGGAGGCGGGUCUUGUACAAGCGCUCUCUUCUUUUUGUCACAGAUGUUUUUACGGUUUUGUACACAAUGUAUUGGUGUAUAGGUCGUCCCGCUCGUGAUUAUAUACUGUGCACGCCCAUCACUGUAUAUACUGUAGAUUUUUAUCAUUAUUUUAAAUGGACGCUCGACGAGGUUGGUGCUCAGAACCGCUUUCUCACGUCACUACUGGAUAUAUCGGACUAUAAAAAUCCUAAGGGGCAUUUACCUCCAAAUGUAAAAAAAUUCUAUAAAAAUCACCAGCAAAUAGCAGUCCUGGGUGACAGUACGGCAGCAGUGAUGGGGGUUGUCACCCAGCUUUCCCAGAGGCUGACAACACAAGGACUUCUGUCUCCUGGUGAUUUUGUGGGAUUCUGGAGGUGCGUGCUCGCUCCUCAUCACUACUUUUCACGCGCUCUCCUGCCUGCAGCGAGCACAGGGGGUCUGGAUGGAUCAUACUAAUGGGGCCCAUUCCCAUCUCUGUCCAUCUUACUUCCCAGCAGUGACUCUCCAGGUACGCCUCGCGCCUCGCGGCAUCCCGGCUUCACUCCCGUCAUACAUCACUUUCCAUAAACUCAUUUUUUGAGCCCCUUUUUCUACGGUUUUUAAAUAUUGUAUUAUAGAAUCAGCGAAUCUUCAUUAAAAAUAAAACUGAAAUGAAGGUAA